AUGGCCCAUGCCCUUCUGAAAGUCAUUCAUGGAGGUGUGAUCAUUCGCAAGAAGUCCAUUCCGCUUGCUACGUCAUCCAAAGGGAAUGGGUCCUGCCGAUCCCAUCGAGCAAGGAACAUACUGGAUGCCAUAGAGAAUGCUGCGUCAGAAACUGCCACUGCCUGGUGCAGCUGGAGAAAUCUAGAGCCUCAAAGUGAUGGAGGCACAUGCUCAAAGAAGCUCAGCUGCCUACCAGAAACCACGACAGAAGUCUUCUUCAGAUGCUGUUUCUGCGCUCAUGUCACCGUUGAUCAGCGUGGAAUCCUCAAACACUUGGUUGUGUGUGGUGGUGAACAACUCCAGUGCCAGCAGCAGUGUCAAAAGUUCUCCGAAAUAGAAGACUCUACAUGCCAUAGUGGGAUUCACGAACAAGAAAGCACAUUUGAGUCUCACCUGUGUCCAGCAGCAUUCUGGAGAAAUAGUCAAGUGGUCAACCGCAGCCAAACAUACACAGGUGAAAAGCCUUCCAAAAGUCAGAAAUGCUCCCCAGCCCCUGCUUGGAAUAAGCCGUUCAAGUGCACCAACUGUCGAGAGGCAUUCUUCCUAAGCAUGGACUGUAUCACUCACAUUCAAACACACACAGGUGAGACACGUUACAGACGGAAGCAAUAUUACCAAGACAUUGGUCAGAGCAUAAAGCUAUUGCAACACGUUCGAACACACACAGUUAAUAAGCCUUUUAAAUGUAAGCUGUGUCUCAAAGACUAUAGUUCGCGCCGGAACCUGACCCGCCACAUGGGGACGCAUACGGGCGAGGGACCUUACGAAUGCGAACUAUGCCCCAAAUCCUUCAGUAUGCGUGAGAGUCUGACCUUCCACAUGCAAACACAUACGUAAGAGAGACCUUACAAAUGCACGCAUUGUCCCAAGGCAUUUACCCGGAUCUUUUCUCUUGCCCGCCACAUGCACAGACACGCAUGCAAGAGGCGCUACAAAUGCGAGCAAUGUUCCCAAGCCUUUUUUCAGUGUGAGGACCUGAUGCAGCAUAUUAGAAUGCACACGGGCGAGAAACGUUACAAAUACUAGAAAUGUCCCCAAGCCUUUAAUGAGCGUGGGACCCUGACCUGCCACAUGCGGAGAGAUACAGGCGAGAAACCUUACAAACGCGAGCAAUGCCCCCAAGCCUUUAGUAAGAGCAAGAACCUGAUGUGGCAUAUUCAAGUGCAUACAAAUGAGAGACGUUAAAUAUGCGAGCAAUGUCCCCAAGCCUUUAGUAAGAGCAAGAACCUGAUGUGGCAUAUUCAAGUGCACACAGGUGAGAGACGUUAAAUAUGCAAGCAAUGCCCCCAAGCCUUUAGUAAGAGCAAGAACCUGAUGUGGCAUAUUCAAGUGCACACAGGUGAGAGACGUUAAAUAUGCGAGCAAUGUCCCCAAGCCUUUAGCGUGUGUGGGGACCUGGCCUGUCAUAUGGAAAAACAGACAGGAGAGAGACCUCACAAAUGCGAGCAUUGUCUGAAAGCGUUCCCUCAGAUCUUUCAUCUUGCCCGCCACAGGCUAAAGAAACAGACGAGACUAUACAAAAGCAAAGAAUGUCCCUAAGCCUUCAGUUAAUGUGACAAUCUGAUACAGCACAUUCAAUUGCACACAGGGUAGAGGUCUUCAAGGGUGGAACGGCUGCGCCAUUUUGCGCCAGACGCAUUUGUCUGCGCCAUCCUGUGCCAUUUUGCAUAAACUGCGCCAGAGCCAAUACCUCGCGCCAUUAUGCUCCAAAUCGCACAACAUGCAGAAAAAAAAGUAUUUUGUCCUGGUUUCAGCUUUUAUCGACUCGAUCGGCAACAAUGAGCGUGUUUAGCUUGGUCAGCAUUGCAAUCCCUUCUAUUUAUUUUCCCUGUGUAUUCCGAGUCGGAAGCGCGCGAAAAAACACGGUGGUCGGAUUCCAAGCGCUACAUCCCCUGCGACUGGAUUGUUAUUUUUCAACCACAAGCGGUUAAGCAAGUCGGCCGAGGUGAGGGCAAGUCGUUAAGUGUUAGAUUACCUGAGGCUCUGAGAGCCGGAAGUUAGUCAGCCUCAAUAAGCAUCUAAUGUCCCAGCUGUAGAUGAGAAAUUUCACCAGUGCAGUACAGCUGCUACUCUGGGGUCUUUAACGUGCAUCAGGCAGUAAUGAUACACGACUGCACAGCGGUAUGUUGCUCAUCCAAUUCAAAACAGGCAGGGGAGGGUUUUGAACCCAGGGUCCCUGGGUUCAGCAGUGCGAGCAUUCGCUCCACGUGCUCCUAGCUUGUGUGUGCUAUGCCACUUGUCCAUUCCCUGCCAAGCCCAACAGAGUUAUAUGAAUUGUACGAGAAAAAGGAACGGCCCAACAGGAAGGACACGCAGAUGUCAGCAAUUAAGUUUCACUUUAGUUGACCACAUAGAAAUGUGCAGGCAAGCCCUCACUAUGUCUAUGGUUCGGACAUGCCAUUCUUUAGAUUGCUGCAUUCUAGAAACAAAAAGGUGUGUGAGAAGCAGAGGUGGAUUUGUAGCAACUAGUUGUUUAGCCUUUGAUUACUGAAAUUGCUAAGGAGUCUUCACUGACUCAGAAUCUUAAAUCUCGGUGGCCUCUAUCUGGAAAUGAAUUAGACUGUGUUGAAAAUACUCUUGCAUUUUUGCCUGGGGUGCCUUUUUAUGAUGAGAGCUGGCACAAAUCCUUUUGUAAAAAAUUGUCUUCGUCCUACUCAGUUGGUUUCAACUGUAUCCAAGCUUUUCUGUUUUGCAUGGAAGGAAGCUUUUGGAAGUGUCGUGGAUAAUAAAUUUGUCCAAACUCGG